AUGUCCUUUCGUUUGCUGACCACUCGGUUGUACAAACAUGGUCGCCUGCUCGUUCAGAACUAUCUCAAGAGGGAUAUACAUAUUAGUAACGUUUGGGCAAAUCCCACGGAAAACAUAAAAGUGACCAAAAUUAACGAAUCACUUAAGCAUGAUCUACGGAUCAACGAGUUCCGGAACAAUAGUUUCCUGCGGUUCGGCAACCAGGCACGUCGUCUCUUCAUUGACAAUGUGUUAAAUAGGGUUACUAAUCCAUUCUCGGUGGAUUUGCGCCUGCAAGCUACGAAGAAACUGUUGUACGGUGAUUCGACUCCCUUUUUUGCGCUUGUAGGUGUGAGUUUAGCCUCGGGAGAUGGCGUUCUGACUAAAAACGAUCAACUGGAAGCAAUAUGCUGGGAGAUUAGACACGCAAUGUCUAACUUCCAACAGAAAGUUGGUGAAAAGGAUAUCGAAUCUCGUCUAGAUGAAGAGUUUGGAUUACAGGAUUUAAAUAUUGGCAAGCCUAUUGGCAAGGGCUGCUCGGGGGUCAUUUAUGCUGCUUCGUUAAAAGAAGCGACUUUAAACGAUGAUGAUACUUUUCUAGACACCAAAACUCACCACAAAACAUCAGAAAUGGCACAAUCAGCUGUAUCAGAGGCUUGGAUGGAACAGCAAGACUGCUCUGAACAAUCGAGCUACACGGGUCCAUUGUUUAUACCUGAAAGAACCCCAUCAGUUAUGUUACGCCAGAUGGCAAAUAAAAGCGAGGCGCAAUCGAAGACAACCAACAAUCGCAAAGUUCGCUUCAAUAGUGAAACGCGAGUAAGAACCAUGUCGGAAAAUGCCGCAUCCAACCGCGACAAGGCUAGUAGUUUAUUGCAUGAAGAAUCAUACGAUGAAUAUGGCUGUAACAUUGAAGAGUACCCAUUAGCUCUAAAGAUGAUGUUCAAUUAUGCAAUUCAAAGCAAUGCGAUGGCGAUCCAGAAAGCUAUGUUCAGUGAGAUCGUUCCAGCAAAGAGGCGACCAGCUGAAAAUGUAUUGGAGAAAAACCUCAUGGAAACGACAAAUGUUCUGCCUCCACAUCCAAACAUAGUAGAGAUGUAUGGGGUAUUCUGUGAUCAAGUACCGGAUCUUUCAAUGUCUGCAACACUCUAUCCGAUGGCUUUACCACAGCGACUGAACCCGCAAGGUUGCGGACGCAAUAUGAGUCUCUUCUUGUUAAUGAAACGGUACAGCAUAAAUUUAAAAGACUAUCUUGCGCAGCCUGGCCUGGAUAUGCGCACUCGUAUUUUGCUGUUCGCUCAGUUGCUAGAAGCUGUGGCACACUUGAACCGUCAUGGAGUGUCUCACCGUGACAUCAAAUCGGACAACAUCCUAAUUGAUCUUCGUCCGAACAUGCCGCCGACGUUGGUGCUGACAGACUUCGGGUGUUGCAUUGCCGAUAAACGCCACGGACUGCGUAUACCAUACACUUCCGACGAGAUUGUUAGAGGAGGCAAUAUGGCUUUAAUGGCCCCAGAAAUUAUUGGACAAAUGCCGGGAGUAUUUGCGGAAUUGAACUACACCAAGGCUGAUCUUUGGGCAUGCGGUGCGAUUGCGCAUGAAAUUUUUGGCAACGAAAAUCCUUUCUAUUCGGGCGUGAAUUCCGAACCCAAAAAUAUAACAUAUGAGGAAGAUAAGUUGCCGCCAUUAGGCGAGAAUGUUCCGAAAUUGAUCCAAUGUCUUGUACAGAAUAUUUUGCGGAAGAAUCCUAACAAGCGUUUGAGCCCGGACAUCGCAGCCAAUGUGAUACAACUGUUUUUGUGGUCGCCAUCGGCAUGGUUACGCGAUGGUUACGUGCCGUCCAGCAAUGAAAUACUGCAGUGGCUACUUAGUCUGACAACCAAAAUCCUAUGUGAAGGUCCGCUACGAGUAACUCCAGAUGAUACUAUGGGGCGCAGAACAUACACAGAAUACCUGUUAAUUGCCAGCUUUCUCACCCGGGUGCGCCUGGAACGAGUUAAACGUGCUCUUGGUUGGAUACACACGGUCAACACUGAUUGUUUGUAAGCUUUGUGAUAUUGCUUCCUGUGAAACGUAAAGAUAGUGCGGGUUCAAUAAAGAUAUUUAUUAUAUUCUUCCGUUAAA